ACAUUACAAAACAUUUUAAUGCUUUUAUCAAUCAUCCACCCAUCCUGAGACUUGACAUUUAAAUGUUGAGUCUCUAAUGCGCACCGACAGGGCCGCUGACAGCUUUGACCAGGCCCGGGACAAAACCAUCUGAAUGGCUCCCUCUCUAAAUACAAUGUAAUGCGGCCCCAAUUCUGGACCCCCUCUGUUCCUGGGCCUGGGACAACUGUCCCCACCACCAACAACACCACCACCCGUCUUCCCUGCGCACCAAUAUAGUUUACCAGUGAAACAUUAUUAGGCUAUUCAUUGAAUACUGCUGGAACAACUGUCUUACACGAUGCUUAAGGCAUUGCCAUUCUGAUAACACACACUUCAGGGACCAUGUCUCAAGAGUUUAAGACAUGUUUCAGCCACAGAAAACCGCUGGGGGACGCCUAGAUCAAGAAUUUCCAGAGUUGCCCCUUGUUACCGUCAUUUCCAGGGAGACUGUCUUCCAACGCUGCGUGUUAGAUUCACAAAAAAGUAUCGUUUGCAUGUGUGUGCCUUUAUUAUUGCACAGUGACAAUUUUCGGAUGGGUAGGUAGGCCUAUAGCCAGAGAGACGCUUGGAUGUAGCCUAACCGUUGCUAAGAUGAUUGGUUGGUUAGCGUUAUUUUUACCACUGAUCAACAUCUCAGAGCGCAACAGAGCGACAUCCGACGUUUUGCCUUUCUCCAAAAUCGCUGGUUGGAUGCAUAGGCCAUAGAUCCAACGUGACUUGUCUACCAUGGCAAGUUAAAGCCUUUUCUAAAGAUACUGAGCCCAUAUAUAAGGAAAAUAUGAGAUAAGGGGGAGCGCAACGUGGAAUCGCAUCCGAGUGUUCACGUUCCUGAUGGGCAGCGCAUUUUCCUGACGUACUCCUCGUUCCGAAUACCACCUUCCCUACUAGCCUGCCUCCUCGCUCGUUCUUACACCGGAGGAAAAGGCCACUGAAAAACAUCCGACUUCCCGUGGGUUGUUGUGCUGUUCCUGAACACUGUUCGCAACUUCACAUGGAAGAGAUAAUGCGUCAACGAUGCUGAUCGUCCAAACGCGUAAACGGAAAGGGUUGAGCGACCUCCAAAACGUUGACGAAUUUGUGAUACCGUUUCCCCCCGAGCGGCUCCAGGAUUCAAAAUGCAGAAAAGGGAGAAAGAUGUGCACAUCCAACUGAAUGUCAUGGAAUUACCUUAUCAUCUGAUCCACUGGGAUUUAAACUGACCCCAAGGGCCCUUAGGACUAAUAUGGAUAUGGGGGCGCUGCCGAUGGAGCUGUGGCGGCUCAUCUUGGCCUACCUGCCCCUGCCCGACCUGGGCAGGUGUUGCCAGGUGUGCCGGGCAUGGCGUGAGCUGGUUCUCAGCCUGGAUGCUACCCGCUGGCGUCAGCUUUGCUUGGGUUGUCUUGAAUGCCGUCACCCCAACUGGCCUCGUCAUCCCAACCUGGAACCACCCUCCUGGAGAGAAGCGUUGCGGCAGCACUCACUUGCUAGCCGUACAUGGGCACAGAAUGUUCCAGAACUCCAGUCUUCUGCGUGUCUCACCUUAUUCCGCAGGCGCAAAGACAGGCGGGUGUGGAGGGUCGGCACUGGUCCUGGCUGUGACUUUGAGACCCUAAGAGGAGCUCUGGUAGUGGCAGGACCAUACGAUCGAGUAGCACUCCAACCUGGUCUCUACGAGGAGCAGGCUGAGGUGUCUCUCAAGGUGCCGGUGGAGAUUGUAGGUGUGGGCAAGCUAGGUGAUGUGGCACUGUUGGUUAGCUUUGAUCAACAGUGUCCCACUACCCGACUCUGCAAUUUAGUGCUUAUGCCUGCUUGGUUCUCCCCUGUUGUUUACAAGAUAUCAGCAGGUCAUGUCCAAUUGGAUAACUGUAACUUUGAAGGUGCCCAGAUGCAAGUCCGGGGACCAGGCACAUGUCAGGCACGAUUCUGCUCAUUUGCUCAGGGAGCCUCUGCCCAUUUCCUGGGUGUGGCUCUGAGUCUGAUGGACAGCUGUGAGUUUAGUGGCAGUGACACGGCCUCUGUGACUGUGGAAGGUCCUCCAGUCACUGAACGUAACUGGGCCUGCAAACAUCUGGCUGCGCUUGUUAAAACCAUGCCAACAAACUCCAUGGUAAUCACAACAAACUUGUUCAAAGAGGGCACUGCGAACACUCCGUCCACAGCCUUGCCCUCUGUAGGGCCUGCUUCCAUGGAGACGUGGAUCAGUGAAGAGACAGAAAAAGUAGGAGGGGUGAAAGGGGGAAAGGGAGCAUUUCAGAGUCAGGGAGAGACAGAGUUGGAGGAUGGUUGGACUGAAGGUGACUUGAAGAAGGAUGAUAAAGAGGGUGGACCAACAAAGAGGUCUGAUCCAACUUACACCCUCUCUUAUGAAGCCCAUGGGCUUGCUCAUCUGUGGGAAUAUGAGGACGUGAGCGAGACCCGAGAACCAAUGCUGCACUCACUGGUCGAGGAGCUGCAGACAGAUGCUGAUGCCCAGAUGUUGGUUGCUACAGUGCAUGGCUGUGUGCUACGCCACUGUCUUCUUCGGGACGGCAAAGGUGGGGUACAUAUGUGCAACCACGCUCAUGCCCGUCUUGAAGCGAAUGUCUUCACACGCCUGCACUAUGCUGUCCGCUGCAUCCAGAAUGCCAAGAUGGUAAUGUUGGGCAAUGAGGUGAGUGAGUGCAGGGCCUCCGGGGUGUUUCUUCGUCUCUCUGCCCAAGGGCUCAUUGCCGAAAACAACAUCCAUUCAAAUUCUGAAGCUGGCCUUGACAUCCGCAAAGGAGCCAACCCCAUCAUUCUGUGCAACAGAAUACACAGUGGUCUGCGUUCUGGGAUUGUUGUCCUGGGAAACGGUAAAGGCUCGAUUCGUAGUAACCAAAUCUAUGGCAACAAGGAGGCUGGUGUGUACAUACUGUUCAAUGGGAAUCCUGUGGUCAGUGGAAACCAUAUCUUCCAAGGGCAGGCUGCAGGCAUUGCAGUGAAUGAAAAUGGCAGAGGCCUGAUAACUGACAAUGUGAUCCGGGAAAAUCAGUGGGGAGGUGCAGAUAUCCGACGUGGGGGAGAUCCAAUCCUUAGAAAUAACUUCAUCUGUCAUGGAUACUCUGAUGGAGUAGUGGUGGGCGAAAGAGGCAGGGGCCUUAUUGAGGGAAACCACAUAUACGGUAACAAUGGUUGUGGUGUGUGGGUUAUGUCCUCCAGCUUGCCUCAGCUACUGGGGAACUACAUUACCCACAAUCGCAUGUAUGGAAUGGCUCUGUUUUGCCGGAAGGACCCAGAACCUGGCGUCGGGAGAGAGGCAGGAGAACGAGGGGCAGACCGAGAUGGAGACAGAGGAGGAGUUGGAGGAGAAAAUUUGAAUGAAGAAGGAGAGUUGUCAGUGUGGGAGAAUGACCUUGACAGUGAGGAUGAGCGUGUCUCUGCUCGGCGGCCAAUCAGCGUUGCACUGAUCGAGAGCAACUGCAUGAGCCACAAUGGAGCGGAAGGAGUCUAUGUGAAGACCUGUGAGAGUGUCAACAUUGUGGGGAACAUGGUGGGCGACAACAGAGGAGUAGGUGUCGCUGUGCUGCAAAGCACACAACUCACCCGCCUAGUUGCCAACUGCAUCCGUGGGAAUGCCCAUGCUGGAGUUACCGUGGCAAAGGAAUGCCGUGUUGAGCUGCGUGGGAACGGUGUCUAUGACAACGGAGGUCAUGGUAUCAGUUACUGUGGAGAUGGGCUGAUUGUAGAGAAUGAUGUUGUGGGAAACCGCUGUAGUGGUAUCCGGGCCACUGACAAUGCAGAUGUGAAGGUGUUAAGGAACCGGGUACAGGCUGGCCUGGGCAGUGGUAUUUGUAUUGAGGAACAGGUACGAGGCUUGGUUCAGGACAACCUGAUCUUUCAGGGUCAUCAUCUCUCCAGCCCCACCCCCCAGAUUCAGGUAGACACACAGAACUUGGAGUGUGUGCUGCUCAACAACACCUUGCUCAGCCCUGCCAUACAAAAAUCCAACUGCCCUGACCCCCACUGGGCCCUGGAGAACCCCCCUCCUCGUCCCCAUGGAAACGACCACUCUGGCUCCAACGCCAAUGCCCAUUCUACAAACCUUGCCAUCGCAGUUACGACAAGAAUAACCGCGUCAGUGGAGAGUGGCUGCCACAACAAAGGAAGUAUCUUCUGCACAGUUCUUUGAGAACAGGUCAAAAUGUUAACACUACACACCGCAGCUAUGCUGGUGGGCUCACUGAUUGAACUUAACCGAGCAUACUCUAUUUUUUGUAACAUUUUGUGGGAUUUUGCCUUUUUUUGAUAAAGCUGUGAAUAGUAGGCCAAACAGGCCUAGACAUUGUGGACUAUCAGCUGAAAAUUAGUGUUCGAAAAUGAAUGUGUCCCCUGCAUCAGGAAGCCUGUUGUACGUUUGCAGCAUUACAGCAUUAGGCAUCUGUAUGGUGUGCCAACCCGCACCUGGGAUAUUUAAGAGACAUUUGGACAGAGACGAUGAAAGCACAAACAAGUUCAUAGUUGCUGCCUUGCUGAGGUUAUAGUGGAGUGACCAGUAAGGGUGUGCAACGGGAGGUUGCAGUACCAUUGGCACUCAACAUGCAGGUUGAAUUUCCAAAACGCUGCUAGCAGUCCGUGCCAUGGCAGCAAAUGACUGGGCUACUCCUAAAACACACAGAGCCAGGGAGCCAAAGGAUGGGAACUCGCACAAGUAUUGGUGUUCCACAAUGUCCCAUUGAUCAACGGAAAGUGUCCAUUCACCCAUUCUACAUCAGACUAUUGAAAACUGUGAAGACGGCCUGCUAGUUGUGUCUAUGAAAAGUACCCAUGUGGUAUCUACAGCGGCACUGAUCAAUGUGUUUACCUCUGGUCCACAAGAACCCACAAACCCUGUAAACAAAUGUGCCUAUUUUUGUUUCAUUAAAUCUGAUACAUAUGCAGUUUGGUUGCACAAGUCACCGUUUCUUCAUAUAAGAAAAGUGAGCACACAAUUCCAUGUGAUACCAAAGAUUUAUUAUAACGCAUUCGUCCAAGUUGUAAACAGCUCAUUCCAUUCAUAAGCCUAUCUCUCAACUAAGUGAAAAGUCUACAUUUAAGCUUCAGAUUUCUAUAUGAACUAAUAAACCAGACGUUCACCAUGAAAUGAAAA